AUGGAGGGUUUUGUUUUUCUUUUCCUAUUGCUAAUUGACAAUCUUUUACUCACAUUAAAUCAAUCUAUCUAUCUAUCUAUUUAUCUAUCUAUUUAUCUAUCUAUCUGUCUGUCUGUCUAUCUAUCUAUAGUGAAAUAUGAUUUUAGCAUCACAUUCAUUUUGUUAUUUUUUCCAUGUCUCCUCCUACCAACAUUCACUGUUUUUCUUUCCAUACUUCCUCCUAUCUGCAUUCAUUAUCUUUUUCGUUCCCUCUCUCCACAUAUCUGCAUUUAUUCUGUUUUCUUUCCAUUUUCUAUCUGCAUUUAUUCUGUUUUCUUUUUCUUUUCAUCUCUUUCUUUUCCACAUAUCUGCAUUUAUUCUGUUUUUCUUUUCAUCUUUCUCUCCAUCUCUCCUUCUAUCUGCAUUUAUUCUUUUUUUCUUUUCAUCUUUCUUUCCAUCUCUCCUUCUAUCUGCAUUUAUUCUCUCCUUUUUUCUUUUCAUCUUUCUUUCAAUCUCUCCACAUAUCUGCAUUUAUUCUGUUUUUCUUUUCAUCUUUCUUUCCAUCUCUCCACAUAUCUGCAUUUAUUCUGUUUUUCUUUUCAUCUUUCUUUCCAUCUCUCCUUCUAUCUGCAUUUAUUCUGUUUUUCUUUUCAUCUUUCUUUCCAUCUCUCCACAUAUCUGCAUUUAUUCUGUUUUUCUUUUCAUCUUUCUUUCCAUCUCUCCACAUAUCUGCAUUUAUUCUGUUUUUCUUUUCAUCUUUCUUUCCAUCUCUCCACAUAUCUGCAUUUAUUCUGUUUUUCUUUUCAUCUUUCUUUCCAUCUCUCCACAUAUCUGCAUUUAUUCUGUUUUUCUUUUCAUCUUUCUUUCCAUCUCUCCUUCUAUCUGCAUUUAUUCUGUUUUUCUUUUCAUCUUUCUUCCCUUCUCUCCACAUAUCUGCAUUUAUUCUUUUUUUCUUUUCAUCUUUCUUUCCAUCUCUCCACUUAUCUGCAUUUAUUCUGUUUUUCUUUUCAUCUUUCUUCCAUCUCUCCACAUAUCUUUGCAUUUAUUCUUUUUUCUUUUCAUCUUUUCUUUCCAUCUCUCCUUCUUCUGCAUUUAUUCUCUUUUUCUUUUCAUCUUUCUUUCCUUUUUCUCUCCACAUAUCUGCAUUUAUUCUGUUUUUCUUUUCAUUUUCAUCUUUCAUUUUCCAUCUCUUCUUUCUAUCUUUCUUUUGCCUUUCUUCAUUUUUUUCUGUUUUUCUUUUCAUCUUUUUUUUUCUCUCCACAUUUCUGCAUUUAUUCCUAUAUUUUUUUUUUUCAUCUUUUUUUCCAUCUCUCCACAUAUCUGCAUUUAUUCCUUUUUUUCUUUUCAUCUUUCUUUUUCCAUCUCUUUUUAUCUCCUUUAUAUGUUUUUUUUUCAUCUUUCUCCAUUUUCUUUUCAUUUAUUCUUCUUUCCAUCUUUCUCCUUCUAUCUGCAUUUAUUCUGUUUUUCUUUUUCAUCUUUUUUUCCAUCUCUUUUCAUAUCUGCAUUUUAUUCUGUUUUUCUUUUCAUCUUUUUUUCCAUCUCUCCACAUAUCUGCAUUUAUUCUGUUUUUCUUUUCAUCUUUCUUUCCAUCUCUCUUUCAUUUAUUCUGUUUUCUUUUUCUUUCUGUUUUUCCUUUUCAUUUUUCUUUCUUUCUUUUCAUCUUUUCCACAUAUCUGCAUUUAUUCUUUUUUUCUUUUUUCUUCCUUUUUCUGCCUUUUCAUUUUAUUCUGUUUUUCUUUUCAUCUUUUUUUUUUUUUCAUAUCUUCAUUUUAUUCUGUUUUUCUUUUCAUCUUUUUUUUCAUCUCCUUUUAUCUGCAUUUAUUUUCUUUUCUUUUUUCUUUUCAUCUUUCUGUUUUUCCAUCUUUCUCCACAUAUCUGCAUUUCUUUCUGUUUUUCUUUUCAUCUUUCUUUCCAUCUCUCCACAUAUCUGCAUUUAUUCUUUUUUUCUUUUCAUCUUUUUCCAUCUCUCCACAUAUCUGCAUUUAUUCUUUUUUUUCUUUUCAUUUUCUUUCCAUCUUUCCUUUUAUUUGCAUUCUGUUUUUUCUUUUCAUUUUCUUUCCAUCUUUCCUUCUAUCUGCAUUUAUUCUGUUUUUUUUUUCUUCUUUCUUUCAUCUCUCCAUCAUCAUUUUUUUCUUUUUUUCUUUUCAUCUUUCUUUCCAUCUUCCUUCUAUCUUCAUUUAUUUGUUUUUCUUUUCAUCUUCUUUUCCAUCUCUCCACAUAUCUGCAUUUAUUCUUUUCUUUUCUUUUCAUCUCCCUUCUUUUUCCAUCUUUUUCCACAUUUCUUUCAUUUAUUCUUUUUCUUUUUUCAUCAUCUUUCUUUCCAUUUCUCUUCUUUAUCUUUUUUAUUCUGCAUUUAUUCUUUUUUCUUUUCCUUCUUUUCUUUCUGCCUUUUUCUUUCUUCCAUCUCUCCACAUUUCUGCAUUUAUUCUCUUUUUUCUUUUCAUCUUUCUUUUCCAUCUCUUCCUUUUCUUUCUGCAUUUAUUCUCUUUUUUCUUUUCAUCUUUUUCUUCUCUUUAUAUCUGCAUUUAUUCUGUUUUCUUUUCAUCUUUUUUCUUUCCUCUCUCCACAUAUCUUCAUUUAUUCUGUCUUUUUCUUUUUCAUCUUUCUUUCCUCUCUCCACUUAUCUGCAUUUAUUCUGUUUUUCUUUUCAUCUUUCUUUCCAUCUCUCCUUCUAUCUGCAUUUAUUCUUUUUUUCUUUUCAUCUUUCUUUUUUCUCUCCUUUCUAUCUGCAUUUUUCUGUUCAUUUAUUCUUUUUUUUUUUUUUCUUCAUUUUUCCUUCUCUCAUCUUUCUCAUCUUUAUCUGCAUUUAUUCUGUUUUUUUUCUUUUCAUCUUUCUUUCUUCUCUCUCCACAUAUCUGCAUUUAUUCUUUUUUUCUUUUCAUCUUUCUUUCCAUUUCUCCCUCUUUUUUUUUCUGCAUUCUUUUUCUCUUCCUUUCUGUUUUUUUCAUCUUUUUUUUUUCCAUCUCUCUUUCUUUCUAUCUGCCUUUUAUUCUUUUUUUUCUUUUCAUCUUUCUUUCCAUCUUUUUCCUUCUAUCUGCAUUUUAUUCUGUUUUUUCUUUUUCAUCUUUUUUUCCAUCUCUCUUUUAUCUGCAUUUAUUCUUUUUUUCUUUUCAUCUUUCAUUUUCCAUCUAUUUCCUUCUAUCUGCCUUUCUUUUUUUCUUUUUUUUUUUUUUUUCAUUCUUUCUUUCCUUUUCUUUCUUUCCACAUAUCUUUCAUUUAUUCUGUUUUUUCUUUUCAUCUUUCUUUCCUCUCUUUCUGCAUUUAUUCUGUUUUUUUUUUUUCUUUCUUUUCUUUUUCCAUUUAUCUGUUUUUCUUUUCAUUUUUUCUUUUCAUCUUUCUUUCUCUCUUUUUUCUGUUUUCUGCAUUUUUUCUUCUUUUUUCGUUUUUUCUUCUUUCUUUUUUUUCCAUCUCUUUUUUUUUCAUUUCAUCUUUCAUUUAUUUUCAUCUUUUUUUUUUUUCAUCUUUUUUUUUUUCCAUCUUUCUUCUUUUUUUUUUCUCUUUUUCUUUAUUCUCCACAUAUCUUUUUUUUUUUUUUUUCUUUUUUCCAUUUUUAUUCUCUUUUUCUUUUCUUUUUCUUUCUUUCCUUUCUGCAUUUAUUCUGUUUUCUUUUCAUCUUUCUUUCCAUCUUUCACAUUUCUGCAUUUAUUCUUUUUUCUUUUCAUCUUUCUUUCCAUCUCUCCACAUAUCUGCAUUUAUUUGUUUUCUUUUCUUUUCAUCUUUCUUUUCUCUCUCUUCUUUAUUCUGCUUUUUAUUCUUUUUUUUUUUUUUCUUUUUUCUUUUCAUCUUUCCUUCAUCAUUCUGCAUUUUUCUUUUUUCUUUUUUCUUUUUUCAUCUUUCAUUUUUUCCAUUUUUUCUCUCCUUCUUUAUUUUUCUUUCUUUUUUCUUUUCAUUCUUUUUUUUCAUUUUUCUUUUCUUUUCUUUUUUUCUUCUUCUUUCUUUUUUUUUCUUUUUUUUUUUUCUUUCUGCAUUUUUCCUUUUUCUUUCCUUUCUAUCUGCAUUUAUUCUUUUUUCUUUUCAUCUUUUUUUCAUCUCUUUUCUAUUUUUUCUUUCUUUUUUUCUUUUCAUCUUUCUUUCCAUCUCUCCUUCUAUCUUUUUUUUUUAUUCUCUCUUUUCAUUUUUUGUUUUUCUUUUUCUUUCUUUCUUUCUCUUUUCUUCUUUUUUCUUUUCAUCUUUUUUUCCUCUUUUUUCAUAUCUUUCUUUAUUUUUUUUUUUUCUUUCUUUCCAUCUUUGCAUAUUCUUUUAUUCUUUUCUUUUCUUUUUUUCUUUCUUUCUUUCUUUCUCUCCAUUUUUAUUUUUCUUCUUUCUUCAUUUAUUCUUCUGUUUUUUUUUUUUCAUCUUUCAUCUUUUUCCAUUUUUUUCUUUUUUUCUUUUCUGCAUUUAUUCUGUUUUUUUUCUUUUCUUUCUUUCUUUCAUUUUUCUUUCUCCUUUUUCAUUCUUGCAUUUAUUCUUUUUUUCUUUUCAUCUUUCUUUCCAUCUUUCUGCAUUAUUUUUCUUUUCAUCUUUUUUCUUUCAUGUUUUCUUUUUUUUCUUUCUUUUUUUUUUUCCAUUUUUUUAUUUCAUUUCCUCAUUUCUGCUUUUUUAUUCUGUUUUUCUUUUCAUCUUUCUUUCUCAUUUCUCCACAUCUCUUUAUUUAUUUUUCUUUUUUUCUUUUUUCAUCUCUCCUCCUUUUUUAUUUGUUUUUUUCUAUCUUCUUUCUUUCCAUCUUUCAUAUUUCAUUUUUCUUUUUUUUUUUCAUCUUUCUUUCCAUCUCCUUAUCUGCAUUUAUUCUGUUUUUCUUUUUCUUUCUUUUCAUCUCUCUUUUUUUUUCAUUUAUUCUUUUUUCUUUUUUCUUUUAUUUUCAUCUUUCUUUCUCUUUUUCAUUUUUCUUUUUUUUUUCAUUUUUCUUUCAUUUUCUUAUCUGCAUUUAUUCUUUUUUUCUUUUCAUCUUUUUUUCUCUCCACUUUUUCUGCAUUUAUUCUCUUUUUUUUUUCAUCUUUUUCUUUUCAUUUUCUUUCUCUCCUUCUAUCUGCAUUUUUUAUUUUUCAUCUUUUUUUCAUCUUUUUUCAUUUUUUCUGUUUUUUCUUUUCAUCUUUCUCUUCCUUUAUCUGCAUUUAUUCUUUUUUUUUUUCUUUUUUUUCUUUCCAUCUUUUUUCCUUUUUUUUUCUUUCUUUCCAUUUAUUCUGUUUUUUUUUUUCUUUUUUUUUUCAUCUUUCCAUCAUUUUUAUCUGCAUUUAUUCUUCCUUUUCUUUUUUUCUUUUCAUCUUUCUUUCCAUCUCUCUUUCAUAUUUGCAUUUUUUCUGUUUUCUUUUUUUUUUUCAUCUUUCUUUUCAUCUUUCUUUUCAUUUUUUCUCUUCUUUCUUUUUUUCAUUUUUUUUUUUCAUUUUUCUGCAUUUUUUCUUUUCAUUUUCAUUUUCUUUCCAUCUCUCCACAUAUCUGCAUUUUUCUUUUUUUUUUCUUUUCUUCCAUCUUUUUUUUUCCAUCUCUUUUCUUCUUUCAUUUCCUUCUCUUUUUCUUGCUUUUAUUCUUUUUUCUUUUCAUUUUUUUUUUUCCAUCUUCUCAUUUAUUCUUUUUUUUCUUUUCAUCUUUCUUUCCUUUUCUUUAUCUCAUUUCUUUUCUUUUUUCUUUUCUUUCUUUCUCUUCUUUAUCUUUUUCAUUUUUCUUUCUGCAUUUCUCUUCUUCUUUUUUUUUUCUUUCUUUUUUUUUUUUCUUUUUUCUCUCCAUAUCUGCAUUUUUUAUUUUCUUUUUCUUUUCAUCUUUCUUUUUUUUUUUUCUUUCCACAUUUCUUUCUUUCAUUUUCCUUUCUGUUUUUUUUUUUCUUUCUUUCCAUCUCUCCUUUAUCUGCAUUUAUUCUCUUUUUUUUUUUUUCAUUUUUCUUUUUCCAUCUGUUUUUCUCCUUCUUAUCUGCAUUUAUUCUUUUUUUUUUUCAUCUUUUUUCCAUCUCUCCACAUAUCUGCAUUUUUCUCUUUUUUCUUUUCAUCUUUCUUUCCUUCUUUUCCACAUAUCUGCAUUUUAUUCUGUUUUUCUUUUCAUUUUUUUUUCAUCUCUCCACAUAUCUGCAUUUAUUCUGUUUUUCUUUUCAUCUUUCUUUCCAUCUUUUCAUAUUUUUUAUUCUUUUUUUCUUUUCAUCUUUCUUUUCCUUCUUCCACAUAUCUGCAUUUAUUCUGUUUUUCUUUUCAUCUUUUUUUUCCAUCUCUCCUUCUAUCUGCAUUUAUUCUUUUUUCUUUUCAUCUUUCUUUCCAUCUCUCCUUCUAUCUGCAUUUAUUCUUUUUUCUUUUCAUCUUUCUUUCCAUCUCUUUCCAUAUCUGCAUUUAUUCUUUUUUCUUUUCAUCUUUCUUUCCAUCUUCCACAUUCUGCAUUUAUUCUGUUUUUCUUUUCAUCUUUCUUUCUUUUUCCACAUAUCUUUUUAUUCUGUUUUCUUUUCAUCUUUCUUUCCAUCUCUCCUUCUAUCUUCAUCUUUAUUCUUUUUUCUUUUCAUCUUUCUUUUCCAUCUUCUUUUCUAUCUGCAUUUAUUCUGUUUUUCUUUUCAUCUUUUUUCCAUCUCUUCUUCUAUCUGCAUUUAUUCUGUUUUUCUUUUCAUCUUUUUUCCAUCUCUUUUAUCUGCAUUUUUUUUUCUUUUUUCUUUUUCAUCUUUUUUUCUUUUCUUUGCAUUUUUCACCUUUUUUCUUUUCUUUCUUUCUUUCCAUCUCUUUCAUAUCUCAUUUAUUCUUUUUUCUUUUCAUCUUUCUUUCCAUCUCUCCACAUAUCUGCAUUUAUUCUGUUUUUCUUUUCAUCUUUCUUUUUCCAUCUCUUUUCAUAUCUGCAUUUAUUCUUUUUUUCUUUUCUUUUUAUUCGUUUUCUUUUUUUUUUCUUCUCUUCCAUAUCUUCAUUUAUUUCUUUUUCUUUUCAUCUUUCUUUCCAUCUUCCACAUAUCUGCAUUUUUCUUUUUUCUUUUCAUCUUUCUUUCCAUCUCUCCACAUAUCUGCAUUUUUUCUGUUUUUCUUUUCAUCUUUCUUUCCAUCUCUCCACAUAUCUGCUCUUUAUUCUGUUUUUCUUUUCAUCUUUCUUUCCAUCUCUCCACAUAUCUGCUUUAUUCUCCUUUUUCUUUUUUUCAUCUUUCUUUCCAUCUUUCUUCUGUUUUUUCUUUCAUCAUUUAUUCUUUUUUUAUUUUUCAUUUUGUUUUCUUUCCAUCUCUUUUCUAUCUUUUUUAUUCUUUUUUCUUUUUCUUUCUUUCUUUCCAUCUCUCUUUUUCAUAUCUGCUUUUUAUUCUGUUUUCUUUCAUUUUCAUCUUUCUUCUUUCCAUCUUUUCCACAUAUCUGCAUUUAUUCUUUUUUUCUUUUCAUCUUUCUUUUUUUCUUUCUGCUUUUCAUUCUUUCUUUUCAUCUUUCUUUUCCAUCUUCCACAUAUCUGCAUUUAUUCUGUUUUUCUUUUCAUCUUUUCUUUCUUUUCCCUCUCCUUUUUUCUGCUUUUUUAUUCUUCAUUUAUUUUUUCUUUUCAUCUUUCUUUCCAUCUCUCCACAUAUCUGCAUUUAUUCUUUUUUUUUUCAUCUUUUUUUCCAUCUCCUUUCUCCUUAUCUGCAUUUUUCUUUUUUUUCUUUUCAUCUUUCUUUCCAUCUCUCCAUUUAUCUGUUUUUUUUUCUGUUUUUCUUCUUUUUUCUUUUUUCUUUCUUUCCAUCUCUCCACAUAUCUGCAUUUAUUCUGUUCUGUUUUCUUUUCAUCUUUUUUUUUCAUCUCUUCCACAUAUCUGCAUUUAUUCUGUUUUUCUUUUCAUCUUUCUUUUUCCAUCUCUUUCCACAUAUCUGCUUUUUUAUUCUGUUUUUUUUUUCAUCUUUCUUUCCAUCUCUCCUUCUAUCUGCAUUUCUUCUUUCUUCUUUUCAUUUUUUUUUUUCUUUCUUCCAUAUCCUUUAUCUGUUUUUUUUUUCUCUUUUUUUCUUUUCAUUUAUUUUUUUUCCAUCUUCUUUUUCCAUAUCUGCAUUUAUUCUCUUUUUUCUUUUCAUCUUUCUUUCCAUCUCUCCUUUAUCUGCAUUUCUUCUUUUCUUUUCAUCUUUUUUCCAUCUCUCCUUUAUCUGCAUUUAUUCUGUUUCUUUCAUCUUUCUUUUCCAUCUUUUCAUCUUUCUUUCCUUCUCUUCUUUCUUUUCUGCAUUUAUUCUUUUUUUCUUUUCAUCUUUCUUUCCAUCUCUCCUUCUAUCUGCAUUUCUUCUGUUUUUCUUUUUCAUCUUUUCUUUCCUUCUAUCUGCAUUCUCUGUUUUUUUCUAUUUCUUUUAUUCUUUUUUCAUUUUUCAUUUUUCUUUCCAUCUCUCCACAUAUCUGCUUUUUAUUCUUUUUUCUUUUCAUCUUUCUUUCCAUCUCUCUCCACAUAUCUGCAUUUAUUCUGUUUUCUUUUUUCUUUCUUUCCUUCUUUUCAUUUCUUUUCCAUCUCUUUCCAUAUCUCAUUUAUUCUGUUUUUUCUUUUCUUUUCAUCUUUCUUUCCAUCUCUCCACAUAUCUGCAUUUAUUCUCUUUUUUCUUUUCAUCUUUCUGCAUUUAUUCUUGUUUUUCCAUCUCUCCUUUCCUUCUAUCUGCAUUUAUUCUCUUUUUUUUCUUUUCAUCUUUCUUUUUCAAUCUCUCCACCUCUCCAUAUCUGCAUUUAUUCUGUUUUUCUUUUCAUCUUUCUUUCCAUCUCUCCUUCUAUCUGCAUUUAUUCUGUUUUUCUUUUCAUCUUUCUUUCCAUCUCUCCUUCUAUCUGCAUUUAUUCUGUUUUUCUUUUCAUCUUUCUUUCCAUCUCUCCACAUAUCUGCAUUUAUUCUGUUUUUCUUUUCAUCUUUCUUUCCAUCUCUCCACAUAUCUGCAUUUAUUCUGUUUUUCUUUUCAUCUUUCUUUUUCUUUCCAUCUCUAUUUAUUCUUUUUCCUUCUUUCUUUAUCUCCACAUAUCCUCAUUUUUCUGUUUUUCAUUUAUUCUGCAUUUAUUCUGUUUUCUCCUUUUCAUCUUUUUUUCUUCUUUUUUCAUCUUUCUUUCCAUCUCUCUUUCUCUCUCCACAUAUCAUUUGCAUUUAUUCUGUUUUUCUUUUCAUCUUUUUUCCAUCUCUCCUUCUAUCUGCAUUUAUUCUGUUUUUCUUUUCAUCUUUUCUUUCCAUCUCUCCACAUUCUGCAUUUUAUUCUUUUUUCUUUUCAUCUUUCUUUCCAUCUCUCCACAUAUCUGCAUUUAUUCUGUUUUUCUUUUCAUCUUUCUUUCCAUCUCUCCUUCUAUCUGCAUUUAUUCUGUUUUUCUUUUCAUCUUUCUUUCCAUCUCUCCUUCUAUCUGCAUUUAUUCUGUUUUUCUUUUUCAUCUUUCUUUCCAUUUCCAUUUCCUUCUAUAUUCAUUUUUCUUUUUUCAUUUUUCAUAUUUUUUUCUUUCUCUUUCCACUUUUCCAUCAUCCUUCUUUCUCAUUUUUUCUGUUUUUUCUUUUCAUCUUUCUUUCCAUCUCUCCACAUAUCUGCAUUUAUUCUGUUUUUCUUUUCAUCUUUCUUUCCAUCUCUCCUUCUAUCUGCAUUUAUUCUGUUUUUCUUUUCAUCUUUCUUUCCAUCUCUCCUUCUAUUUGCAUUUAUUCUGUUUUUCUUUUCAUCUUUCUUUCCAUCUCUCCACAUAUCUGCAUUUAUUCUGUUUUUCUUUUCAUCUUUCUUUCCAUCUCUCCUUCUAUCAGCAUUCAUUCUGUUUUUCUUUGUUAGUAUGUUUUCUUUUUUUACAUUUAUAUUUUAACAUGGUAUUUUUCUUUUUCAUUUUUAACAUUUUUAUUUAUUUUUCUCCUUUAUUUAUUAUCAUUUUUACUUUCCUGUGA